AUGACAUCUGGGUACCUCUUCUUGAGGUCCACCACUUGCUGCUCCAAAGGCGUGAACUUGGCAGGUGGGUUGGAAGAAGGAGAAGGUUUUGGAACGUCGGAUGAUGGUUCUAAAAGCUUAUGGAGGAACUUUUGGUGGAGGGAGGGAUUGAGUGCGGUGGGUAUAGAGUUGUGGGUGUGGGGAAAGAGUUUGGGUAGUUUGGAUGGUUUGGGAGAUGAGGAGGUGAGGUGGGAGGAGAGGAGAGUGCACUUGGAGGGUGAGAAAUUGACAGUGGCUGUGAUUUUGGGAGGUGGGGUUGGCGGGUGA